GUGAUUGGCCACGUCUGUAGAAGAAAGAAGCCUGCUGAGUGCAGUUUAUUUGCGGCGCUGGAGAGUUCAAUCAUCAACUGCUAGCUCCAGCCAAAACGUGACUCUAACCUUCUAUUUAUUUUGUUUUUAAGCUAGCUAGCGACCCGUGAAUUAAUUUCGAACAAGAUGUAACUUCCCGCCGUGUACAAAAAAAAAUCUUUGCUAUACUCCUCCGUUUUAAUGGAUCCAGGAGAGUAGAUGGCGUGCUGUUUUGCUACUAAUGGAGAUAUUGUUAUUCACUACUAUAAAUAUGUUACGCGGAGGUGAUUUUAUGUUUUGAUUGUUAUUUUCACAUUAUUCUCAUAUUGGAUCUCGGUUUUUGGAUUUUCCUAUACAUCGUGGCAAUACUUUGUGGAGGAAAUACACAACUGGGAAUAAAGCAUUGUACUUCGCUAGCUAGCUAUAGCUAGCUGCCGGGGAUUUAAAUAAUCUGACGUGUUCGAGGAAAAUAGGAAAGAGAAAAUACUGAAAACAUUAAUGUGGCGAUUCCUUUGUUGGCAAAUAUAAUUGGGAUUGCAGAAUGAGCAAGGAAAGACCCAAGAGGAAUAUUAUCCAAAAGAAAUACGACGACAGUGAUGGGAUCCCUUGGUCAGAGGAACGAGUGGUGCGCAAGGUGCUGUAUCUCUCCCUGAAGGAGUUUAAGAGUGCACAGAAGAGACAGCUGGGUGAAGGCUUGGACCCAGGAAUCAAAAGCUCAAAUGGGUCUUUGUCAAACGGACAGCUGAAGGGGUCGGGAUCCAAAGGCGGGUGUCAUGGUGGACGUGGUAAAGAUGGUGGGUUGAGGGGGUCGUCCCAGAGCACAGAUGGCGGCAGUGAUUAUUCUGAGGAUGGACCGGUCAGGAAGAGGCCAAGGCUACAAGCGCAGCGGAAGUUUGCCCAAUCACAGCCCAACUCGCCCAGCAGCACCCCGGUAAAGCUGUCGGAGGCACCGCUGCCGGCCCCUGCGUCCCAGAUAAACGACCUCUCCAAACGCAAGCCCAGGACCGAAGACUUCCUCACCUUCCUGUGUCUGCGAGGCUACUCUUCCUGGCACAACCAAGACUCUGCUGCGUUGCCUGGCAACAUGGCAUAUUUCGGGAGCUCCCAGGAUGAAGAUGACCUCGAUGAUGAUGAGGAGGAGGAGUGUGAGGACGUGAAACCAGCUGCCAGCGUUGCGUCAACAUCCUGCCAGUCCACGCCCCGAAAGGGCAAACCGCCAGUGAAGCACAUCAUCAAUGGUCAUGUGUGUAACGGCCAUACGAAGGCGUCGGGGGACAGGGACUCCCCUCCCAAACACAGAGGCAAGGAGGCCACGCUCGGGAGGGAGAGGAGCGAGCGGGCGGAGGGGCGGCGGGACCACACCUCCUCCUCCGCCGGGACCCACUCCUCAGGGGCCCUCGCCAGGGGCCACGGGGCCAGCGGCCUCCGCCGGAGCAGGUCUGCCCAGGACCUCCGCAAGCAGGUUUCGAAAGUGAACGGGGCGACGCAGGCGUCCUCAGUCCGGGCGCGCCUGCCCUGUGCCAAAAGAACCCGGGGGUUCCGCCCACUGCCAUCCAAAACUGUGAAGUACACAGCCGCCGUGACCAAGGGCCAUGCCACCUACACCAAAGCCAAGCGAAAACUGGCCAAGGAAGCCAAGCGCAAGCGCGGCAAAACCGCCGCCGCCCGCAAGCCCCGCCCCAGCAAUCACCGCCGCGACCACGGCAACAGAUCCCACCACGCCAACGGUGCUGCCCGCCACCAUCUCCACCGCUCCAACUCAGGAAAACCCCGAAGCCGCGAUGCAAAAACCCGAAAACAGGUGCUAUUAUCCAACGGGCUGCGCAAGGCGGCUAGCGGGGGCUGUCCUCCGCCCGGGGGCCGGCUCAACGGGCAGCUCUGUGCCAGGAAGGAGUGCCAUCCUGGCCGCGAGGGUCUGCGGACCUCCAGGAGGCGUCUGGAGGCGGCGGGGGCUGCUGCGGCAGAGAAACUGACCCUCACCAGCCACAGAAAGGUCAAAGUGCAGGCCCGCCCCCUGGAGACGCGCAGCAAGAGGGCUACUCAGGAGAAGGCCGGAACCGGCGGCCAUGUUACAAAGGAAAACACGAGGCCCACCCUGAAACAGACAAGCCCAGCGCUGCACAGCCCGGCUCAGCCCAGUCCAGCUAAGCUCAGUCCAGCUAAGCCUAGUCUAGCUCAGCCCAGUCCAGCUAAGCCCAGUUUGCCUCAGCCCAGUCCUGCUCAGACUCAGCCCGGUACGGCUAAGCCUGGCACAGCACAGCCUGACAUGGUUCAGCCCGGCACGGCUCAACCUGCCCCAGAGCACCAAAGGCCCAAGCGGGCGUCGGCCGGCAGACUAAUGUUCACCAGACAAGCACACUACAAGGCGCAGGCCGCCCCACCCGAAAAACACUCCUCUACCUCAAACGGCGUGCCCUCCUCCCCCUCGCUGAAACCAGCAGAAGCUAAAGCCGAGAAGGAGCGGGAGAGAGAGCGGGAGAAGGAGAGGGAGAGGGAGCGAGAGCGGGAGAAGGAGCGCGAGAGGGAGCGGGAGAGGGCCAGGCAAGCCUGGAGCUCCCUGACGGAGGUGCCGGUGUUCCGGCCCGGUCAGCAGGAGUUCCAGGACCCGCUGGUGUACGUGGACUCGGUGCGGGAGCGGGCGGAGCCGUACGGGCUGUGCCGGGUCAUCCCGCCGGCGGACUGGCGGCCCGAGUGCAAGCUGAACGAGGACAUGCGCUUCGUCACCCAGGUGCAGCACGUCCACAAACUGGGCCGGCGCUGGGGCCCCAACGUCCAGCGGCUGGCCUGCAUCAGGAAGCACCUCCAAUCUCAGGGCAUCGCCAUGGAGGAGGCCCCGCUCAUAGGAGGCUGUGAACUGGACCUGGCCCGCUUCUUCCAGCUCAUCAACGACAUGGGCGGCAUGCAGCAGGUGACGGACCUCAAGAAGUGGAGCAAGCUGGCGGACCUGCUGCGCGUGCCCAAGUCCGCCCAGGACCGGCUGGCCAAGCUGCAGGAGGCCUACUGCCAGUACCUGCUCUCCUACGACUCCCUCUCCCCCGAGGAGCGGCAGAGGCUGGAGGAGGAGGUGCUCUCCGAGAAGGAGAACCUGGAGAGGAGGAAGGGCCCCCUGGAGGGACACUCGGAGGGCGCCCAGCGCGCCAUGCUGCCCCGCUACGAGCCCAAAAACGGCCUGGUCAACGGCCUGGUGCACAGCAACGGCGUCCGCGGCAAGCUGAGGGAGCUGGACGCCCUGCCCAAGAGCGGCCGCCGCCGCCCGCCGGCGCAGGAGAGGAGGGGGGAGGACGAAGGGGAGGAUGAGGAGGAGGAGAAAGGCAUUCUCAGCGACCAGCACAAGUGCAUAUACAAGGGGAGGUCGGUGUCUUUAACCACCUUCUAUAGGACAGCGAGGAACACCAUGAACAUGUGCUUUAACAAGGAGCCAGGGGCAACCGAAGUGGAGCAAGAGUACUGGAGGAUAGUGGAGCAGAAGGAGUGCCAUGUUGCAGUGCAUUAUGGGAAAGUGGAUACUAAAACCCAUGGAAGUGGUUUCCCUGUGGGAAAGUCAGAGCCAUUUUCAAAGCAUGGAUGGAACCUCACUGUCCUUCCUAAUAAUUCGGCCUCCAUCCUGAGACACUUGGGUGCUGUACCUGGAGUGACCAUUCCCUGGCUGAAUAUCGGCAUGGUAUUUUCUACCUCAUGCUGGUUUCGAGACCAUAAUAGCCUUCCUUACAUAGAUUACUUACACACUGGUGCUGAUUGCAUUUGGUACUGCAUCCCUGCUGAGGAGAAAGCUAAACUGGACAAAGUGGUGCACACACUGCUGCAGGCCAAUGGCACGCCAGGCCUGGAGAUGCUGGAGAAGAACAUCAUGAUCUCUCCAGAGGUUCUCCAUCGAGAGGGGGUCAAAGUUCACCGGACUGUCCAGCGGAGCGGGGAGUUCAUCGUCUGUUUCCCAGGCACGUUCGUGUCCAGGGUCUGCUGCGGGUACAAUGUCUCCGAAACGGUGCACUUCGCCAGCCCUCAGUGGAUGAACCUGGGAUACCAGGCCGCCAAGGACCUGAAGUGUCGGCGAAUCGAGAAACCCUUUUCCAUGGAGAAGCUGCUGUAUCAGAUUGCGACGUCAGAAUCCAAGCGGGAGAACGGAUACAUUCUGAGUACAAUCUCCUCACUCAUCAAAGAUCUCAGGGACCUAGAGAUGAGACAGCGAGAGGAGCUGUACAGGGCGGGGCUGCUGUGCACCGCACGCUACGGCACGCAUGACGCCCACGCGCCCAGCGAGGGCAAGAAGAAGCCCCGCAAAUGGCUGGCACUGGAGACGUCAGAGAGGCGGUGCCAGAUCUGCCAACACCUCUGUUACCUCUCUAUGGUGGUCCAGGAGAACGAGAACAUUGUGUUCUGCUUGGAGUGUGCACUGUGCCACGUAGAGAAACACAGGUCCUGUCGCGGCCUCAAGAUGAUGUACCGCUAUGAUGAGGACCAAAUCAACAGUUUGGUGAGCCUGGUGUGCGGGAAGGCAAAGGCGCAGAAUGGGGAGAUCUGCAACGGCGUGAUCCCCAGCCGAACGUCGGCCCGACGGGGACCCCGAAAACGAGCCACGGUCCAGGUGUCGCUCUCCCGCAUCUCCUCCUCUCACCUGCCCACGAGCAUCUCCAGCUCCACAUGAAGCUCCUGGAUUUCAGUCUCCAUUUUGUUUUUAUACAUAAAUUUCCUUCCUCUCCCCGUAGUGUGGAAAACUUGCUGUAGAAAGCAAGAUGUCUAUUGCACUAGCUCGAAAGAAAAUCAUUUGGUUUUUAGAGAAGUAUUUUGAUUGUUUUUAGCAUUAAAUGUACAAACACACAAACGUAUAUAUAAAUAUAUAUAUUAUAUAUAGCCUUCACCUCCUGCAGCGGCUGCUUUUUUCGUCUGUACCGCUGUAGUUGUGCUGUUUUUUUAAUACAGUUUAACGGGUGGACCCCUAAAGAUAGAUGGCUUUUUCUCGUCUUUGCCCAUCAGCCCUAGGACUGCAUAUAAAGACAUCCUGGAUCAGGAACAACUCAGUAACAGAAACACAACCUUGGCUACUUUAAACCACGUGGACUUACACACACAGGUUCCACUGGCAGACACAACUCAUUUUCAUUUAGCUUAGUCUGCAACAAAUCAUUUUGGGAGAACACUUAGGAAGUCAAACAGUAAAGAGCUCUUCGGUUUGCCUGUAUGUGGGUGAUCAGUGACGUAUACAUUUUGGUUUUCAUCCACGACACAUUCUUCUCUGUGCUGAGAAAGUGUGAGGUCACAGGAGAAGGCAACAAUAGCAGCUCCAAACACAUGGACACACUCUUGGAGGAGCGGGGAUUGAGGCUGCUUUUUAUCACAUGUGAAAAUGUCCUGAUUUUAGCAGGACACACAUGCCAUUGAUUUCUGUUUGUUUUGGUGCUGUUCAUAAAAUAUCAAACAGAACACAAGAGCAAAACUGACAUUGUUUUGAGCUGGACAGAAAGGCCCCUUAGGCUUUUUAUCUGGUUCUAUGUGUGCAAUCUUAAUAACAUUCCAUUCUGUUAGUUACAUUGUUUCAUCCGUAUCAAAACGUCAGUAGCAUUAUUUUAUUGUUUCAUUUGUUUUCAUUUUAUUUCGGUCAAAUGUGCUAUCACAAGUGGAGCCACUAGUCGGUGUGAAAUGUGAAAAAAAUGUUUUGCCCCUCUUUUCUUUUCCAGAUGUAAUAUGAAAGAUAGAAUGGAAACAAAAAUGUAUCUCAAAAUGGAAAAAAAGACCGCAUCCUUUGUACAUACACCUGUAAAUGUCUUUAAAUACUUGAGCCUUUUGGGUGGGUGGGUGGGGGGGGGGGGGGAGGAAGCAAAUGCAGGAUUGAAGGAAACAGCCUUAUGUUUCAGUUCCUUCGUCUGCCACAGCUUUGCUGACCGGGUGCGUCUCGUAUCAUUUAUGAAUAAGUGCUGCUUACAUCACUGAAGAAAUAAGGACUAGCCAUGGCCCCUUAGUGUUUUUAGCUUUACUUUUAUAAAGAAAGGGAAGAUAUUGUGACAAAUAAAAUAAAAAUAGGGUUUUUACAUUUUCAUUACUGAAAAGUUGACUAUGUAGUAGCCACUCAUGUUGCACUGAGCUCGUCGGAGGUGAUGGUCCUAGAAUUAAUUACGUCCUAUAAUCCAGUUGGUUGUUUUGUCCUUUGCAGAAGACUGAACUGUUUCAGGAGUAUUUAAUGAAAACAAAGUUGUGUUUUCAAACAAAACGUGGUUGUUUUUUAUGGCCUUAUGAUGUAUUUUAUGAUUUUAUGGUCAUUUUUCUACAGUUAAACUAUUGCUUACAGUCUCUUAAUUUAUUAGCUCUGUUUUUGGAAAGGUUCAUGUUGGUUAUUUACAGUUUUUUUUUUUACUUUACACAUUUGUACUUUAAGGUUUAAUAAAAAUGUAAGGACAAUUCACUGUCACUUUCCAGAACAA